AUGUCGGAUUAUGAUUCCGGAGAUGACUUAUUGGGUGAUAUAAAUGCGGAAAACUUGAUUACAGGAAUCAAGCGCGAACGUUCGCUAGAUGACGAACAGAAUCAUCAAGCUCGACUAACCAAACAACCCAAAGUAGAACACAACAAGACAGUAUUCCUCGGAGAUACUGCAAAGGCGAUCUUGAAGGAAAACUUCGGUUAUGAAGACUUCCGCCACGAGCAGUUCUCUGCUAUUGUAUCCACUUUACAACAAGAGAAUGUGCUCGUCGUCUUUCCUACGGGCGCCGGUAAAUCGCUAUGCUAUCAAAUACCUGCAGUUGCGUUUGAAAAAAUAGAUGCUGUGGAUAGUAGAAAGGCUCGCACCAAUCCGGGUAUAACCAUCGUUGUUUCUCCUCUGAUUGCUCUCAUGAAGGAUCAAGUAGAUGCCUUACUGCGUAAAGGUAUCGCUGCUGCUUGUUUGGACUCUACCAAAACUUACGAACAGCAGAAACAGAUAAUGGCUGGCAUCAGAGAGGGCCAACUGAAACUGCUUUACUGCGCGCCCGAGAGACUCAAUAAUGAAGGCUUCGUCGAAAGUAUGAAGCAUGUUCCUGGAGGUAUUCGGCUGGUCGCCGUGGAUGAGGCUCAUUGUAUCUCAGAAUGGGGACACUCUUUUCGUCCGGACUAUCUCAAAGUGGCCCGCUUUGUCCAAGAAAUCAAUGCCGAAAGAGUUGUCUGCCUCACGGCUACAGCAACACCUCGCGUCGUUGAUGAUGUUGCAAGGGCAUUCGACAUUAAGAAAUCCAAUAUAUUUCGCACAUCUCCCUACAGACCUAAUCUACACUUACUAGCCGAAUACACGGGAACGAAGCAGGAGAAGUAUCCAAAGAUGUUCCAUUUCUUGCGAAAACAUCCCGGGCCUACUCUCGUCUACGUGACUCUCCAAAAGCAAGCGGAAUUGCUCGCGGAUGAUUUAGUUGACCAACACUUUAACGCAGUUGCAUUUCACGCCGGCCUCAAGGCAGAAACAAAGGCGAAAAUCCAAGACGACUUUAUGGCUGAUCGUAUAACUAUAGUUGUCGCUACAAUUGCCUUCGGUAUGGGCAUUGACAAGCCCAACAUACGAAACGUCAUUCAUUUCGAUCUUUCCAGCACAGUAGAAGAAUAUUCGCAGCAGAUCGGGCGCGCGGGAAGAGAUGGGGAAACAAGUCAUUGCAUGUUUUAUAUCUGUCCCUAUGACUUUUACAUAAGAGAAAACUUUGCUCGAGGCGACUUACCAUCAUGGCAAUCACUACAUAGGUUGUUAGAAGAUAUAUUCCACCGAGAAGUUGAUCGCACGCAGGAGGGCGAUAUUAUUAAACUCAAUCAGACAGCCUUAGGUAGAGACUACGACAUCCGAGCGAAUCCUCUAGCCAUCUUGCUAGCAACACUGGAGCUUCGGUUUGGCCUAGUCAGGUCAGUCACUCCAGAAUAUACUUCCUACAAGUUCGAAGCAAUGGAGAAAUAUCACUACACCGCCAAAAAGGACUCUUCUCCCGAGGGUAAAGCCAUCUACAAGCACGCCCGAAAGGCUAAGUCCGGUAAGCUAUACGAUGUCGAUAUAAUUGAUAUCGUAAAUUCAACUGGACUACUCCGUACCGACCUAGUAAGGAAGCUCGAGGAGUACAACAAUAGUGGAAUCAUCAUGCUCAAAAAGAGCGGCGUUGAAAACAAACUUAGGGUUCUUGAGACUCUUCCUCGCACACCACAAGAAAUCAAAGCCAUCACCGACAAGCUCUAUGCCGAUAUGGAAGCUCGAGAAGAGGAUGCGUUGCAGCGAACGCAGCAAGUAGCUGAUUUAAUCACAGGCGACAAAUGCUUCGCUCUAGCUCUAGCUGAGCAUUUUGGAAUGGGAUUACCUGACGGGAAAACCAGAUGUGGACAUUGCUCUCGCUGUUUAACAGGGAGACGCAUCAUAUUACCUCCGAAGCCAACCCCAGCUGUCGACAUUGCUGGCAUUCAAAAGAUUCUUGAUGUCUGCCAUGUCCGGGACGAUCCGAGAUUUUUAGCGCGCGUCGCGUUCGGGAUCAAAAGCCCUCGGGUCAUGCAGCUUAAACUCCACCAGAAAGACAUAUUUAUGUCGUUGGCAGAUCAUGAUUUCAAGUCCUUAUUGAGAGAGUUUACUCGAGCAUGUGAGUUUGCGGGGUUUAAGGAUCGGAGUGGGCGUCAGGGCGCAUAG